CUUCUAUUGCUAUAACUGGAUUGAAUAUCAAUGGCCUGAAAAAGUCUCGCAAAGUCUACUGUUACAUCUCUAAAAAGCAAUUACAAAUCAAAGAAUUUUACAUGAGGAUUAUUCCACACAGAUUGUAUGGAUUCCGAGUUCGGCCCACAACAAAGAUUAUUCUGCAUCCCCCUGACCGUAGUGUCGAUUAUCCAGCGUUUACUGUAGACGAUGGUUCGCAGCCUCCGAUAACUGUGAUGUGCAAAGAAAGAAAUGUAUUAGUGGCGACCUUCUCAAGACUUUUGCUCACGAAAAUAGGAGGGUCAGAGAGCUUCAAAGACAAACAGGAAUUCUUUUAUCGUGAAUUACUCAACUACCACGGGCGAAAAACGGGUGAAGUGAACUUAAAGAUAGAUCGACGUAAACUCUUGGAGAGUUCCUAUCAAGCCACAAUGAAGACAUUCUAUUCCAGCGACUGGUUGAAAUAUUUUAAAAUCACGUUUAAAGACGAACCAGGUGUUGACUGGGGUGGCUUGCGGCGUGAAUGGUUUGAGUUGUUGUGCAAGGCGCUGUUUUCUCACGAAGCUGGAUUAUUCAGUCGCUUCGACGCUGAUGAUCCUCAAGCUCUGGUUCAUCCGAAUCCGCGGAGACCUGCUCAUUUGAAAGUUAAAUUUUACGAGUUCGCCGGACGCAUCGUUGGAAAAUGCUUGUACGAGUCCGCUAUGGGAUCAACACGGAGAUUAAAUGUGAAAGCGCGAUUUAGUAGAUCAUUCCUUGCUCAGCUACUUGGUCUUCGUGUAAGCUACAGGUACUUCGAGAUUGACGACAAGGACUUCUAUCGGAGCAAAAUCAAAUUCAUCGAGGAGAAUGACCCGGAGGACUUGACACUAGUAUUUGCAGAGGAGGAGUACGAUCAGCAGGGGCGCUUAGAGAAGUUGGAGGAGUUAAAACCAGGUGGAGCUCAGAUACCAGUCACAGAAUCGAACAAGAAAGAAUACCUGGACUUAUUGGCUCAGUAUCGUCUUGCAACCUCUGUUAAACAGGAGAUUGAAGCUUUUGUGAAAGGUUUGAAUGAAAUUGUACCAGACAGUCUGCUGAGUGUGUUCGAUGAAUAUGAGCUGGAGCUUUUGAUGUGUGGGACUGGAAACAUCAGUGUUACAGAUUUCCAAAAAAAUCAUACUGUUACGCAUGAUAUGGCACCAUUUAGAAAGACUUUGGAGUGGUUUUGGACGAUUGUGACAAGUUUUACUCAAGAAGAGCUUGCUCGACUGGUGCAGUUUAUCACAGGUUCUUCUCAACUUCCCCCUGGGGGAUUUGCCGAACUCUCUCCCCAAAUACAGAUCUCGUACGCUCCAUUUACAAACGCACUUCCCACAGCACAUACUUGUUUUAACCAGCUCUGUUUACCAUCCUACUCGUCCUUCAAAGAGAUGCAGAAGAAACUUUUACUUGCAAUAAACGAGGGAAGCGAAGGAUUUGGUUUUGCGUAAGAAUGGAGAAUUAACAAGAUCAUUAGAUGUGCUUCGAAAAAUUAUAUCGAUGGAAAAUUGACUGGGACUAAGACAUUUUCUCUAGUACGCAGACCCUCGCAUUUCUCUGAUCGGAAGGGAUUUUCUCAUCACAGCAUCUGCGCGUUGUUAAGCAUCUAGAGAAGUAACAAGAGAGCAAGUCACCCCCGAGUGCGGGAAAUUGAUCGAUAACCAAAUUCUUAGAAAUAACGUCCUACGAAAACGUACUGAGGGCUUAAGGAGUGACGCUUCGCUUGUAUUUUCUGUAGGAAAUAGUAUCAAAAGUUUUAAUAGCCGUACAGUCAGCAGUACUGACAUAACGAUUCUGCGAUCAUAACCGGAUUAGACAAUAAUUUUAUGAAAUCGGGCACAUUGUAGACAGAACAAAGUAGCUUUGUAAAAGGAGUUGCUCAAACCCAUCUGAUUGUUUUUAUUACGUGCAACUCAAAACAACUUUUUCUUAUUAAAGCUGGUAAAGUGA